AUGUCCCCAGAUAGUAAACUGCUACACAAAACACGGGCUUUUUUACUAGGAUCUGGUCUACUCAUAUUUUUACCAUUUCUUCACAUAGGUAUUUUUCAUCAAAUGAUUUGGGUACCAGAUAAGACACCUAUUAAUAGAGAUAGCUGCAGAUGUUCUUGUUUUGAUACGGUUAUGAGAGGAAGCUAUGAAAAACCAGGAAACUCGAGAUACAAACAUUUAUAUUUCAAUGCUACGCAGGAGACGUUUAAAAUCUGGAUCUUCACAGUGUUAUUUGUGUUAAUGACGUACGAAAGUAUAAAAUAUUUAUAUAAACUAUUUAAAAUGGGAAAUGUAAGAAUGACAAUGUUUGUGUUAUACCUAGCGAACAUUUAUCCACAUUAUUACAGCUGGUGGUCUUUUCUGAGUUAUUAUAACGAAAGUUUUUAUCUAUAUUUCUACAACCAUUUCUAUUUUAUGUUGACGGAAAUCCUCGUCACCGUUCUGGUGCUGAAUCUUUGUGACACAAAGAAUCAAAUAGCCUCAUGGAAAAUUCUGUUGAUUAUUACUAUUAAUAGUAUGCACAUAGCCGUUAGCUGUUCAAAUCAGUUUAUUGAGCACGUCAUUCUUAAAACUGGGAAGAGUUUCCAGAAUGCCAGGAAUAUUGGUCUGAUGAUUCCAGAUGUACUACACGUGGUUUUGUGUAUAUAUGAACUUUAUAACUUCGCUAAACGGAAUAGAAUAAGUAUAAUAACUGUGUAA